AUGGGUCGAAUCGAUUGCUUCAAUGUGGCGACAGAACAAUUCAGGCACAUUGGAGUGACCGGACAAUUCUUCAAAUCAGCAUGGACAUUCUUCCACAAUGGUUUCAUCUACAGUUUCGGUGGAGUCGAUCAAGAAGAUAUGCAGUACAUAUGUAUCGUCUCAUAUAAUCCAAAAAACCAGAGAAAUAGAGUCUUGUUGACGCUCGAAGAUCAUGCAUACUGCACUUCACUUUGCUUCGAUGGUGUCGACAAGAUAUACUUAAUUGGCCAUGAAUUCUUCUCAAGUGUAUCAUUGACUGAACGAAAAGAGACCAGUUUGGUCAAGCCCAAGAACAAAGUAACAAGCGACAACACAUUACUUUAUGUACCUGGUAUUGGACCAAUACUUUGUUUAGAUGACCGUAUACUUCAAUACAACGAGAAGGAGAACACAUGGAGAUCCGUACACACCGGAUCAUUCAAAGAUAACAUAAGGUGUAUAAUACCAAAUGGUCGU